CGGGGGCGAGCUUGUGGCGCGGCGGCCCCGAGGAGCGGGGGCGAGCGGCGCUGCGGGCCGUGGGAGGAAGCGCUGUGCCCGGCCCGACGGCGCUCGUUGAGCCACAUCCGCGGGUCGCCGGCGACGCUGCCGGCGCCUGUCACGGCCCCUCCAUCUUGAAGGAAGGAGGCCGCCGUUCCCACCGCAGGGGCGGCAGCCGCGCUCAUGGCGUUCAGUCCCUGGCAGAUCCUGUCGCCCGUGCAGUGGGCCAAGUGGACGUGGUCCGCUGUCCGCGGCGCGGGCGCGGGAGGAGAGGAAGAAGCCGGAGGUCCCGAGGGCGACCCCGAGGAGGAGGAGGACUCGCAAGCCGAGACCAAAUCCCUGAGCUUCAGCUCGGAUUCUGAAGGUAAUUUUGAGACUCCUGGAGCUGAAACUCCAAUCAGAUCGCCUCUCAAGGAGUCUUGUGAUUCAUCCCUAGGAUUGGCAGAACUCGAGGCCAAAAACCAAGAAUCACAAGAAGCGGAUGAACAGUUUGUGGCAGAAGUAGUUGAAAAAUGUCCAUCUGAUGCGUGUUCUAGAUCUCCAGGAAAAGAAGCACCACAGGCGACCACUGAUUCCCACUCAGUCAAGGGUGUCCAAGGAGAAACCCAACAUGAUGUUAGUAAGAUCUCAGUAGUGAGGCCAUUUUCAGUAGAAACCAGGAGUUCCACAGAUGACCCAGCUGCUCUUGGAACAGAAGCAGCCUGUGGCUGUGUACCUGCACUCUCAGGCAAGGCUUUGCCCUCUGCUGCAUCAGAAGCUACUCAGGACAAGCCAGUGACAGAAGGAGGCAUGGGGAUUACAUUUGAGGCCUUUACAGAAGCUGGUCUGAAGAUAGGAGAGCCUGUGGCCAGCAGAAGCAAGCUGAGAAGGCCCAAACCUAUCUCUCUGAGGAAUAAGACCGCUAGAGGCGAUGCAUCUGAAACGGAAAUGAUGAUGGAGGGUUUGCCCCUCCCUAGGGCUUCCUCCCUCUUGGCUCCCGAAGGAGUAGCCAAGAGCAUGCAUCCUAGUAUGCUGAGAGGAGCCAGGGACCAGCAAUCUCCCCUUAACCUGAAAGAAGCUGUGGACUCUCUCAGUUAUGGCAGCAGUGGCUCAGGGUGUGAGCUGCAGGAGGGGUCCAGGAACUCUCCUGUCAAACUUGAAUGUGAUUUUACAGAAGGUGGGGGACAUGCCGAGGCCAAGAAUGACCUUCCAAGGAAGCCUCCUAACACACUGAUGCCCAACAUCCGGAAAGAUGGCAUCAGUCAGCCAGUAGAUGUGGAACAGCCUGCAGACCCAAGAGUCCAAGACGCCUGUCUCCCUCAAACAUCUCCUAAGCUAGAUCCUAGUAAAUGGGGUCACCCUAGCUUUAAUUCCUCCGGGAGCUGCCCCAGUCUGCAGAGCUCUGCACCCCUCUCCUCCAAAGCCUCCUACCCCUUUGACCCGGAUAACUUUGAUGAGUCCAUGGAUCCCUUUAAGCCAAGCACAGCUUUGACAGGCAGCACCUUUCGAUCCACUGCUGGUAAUCAUGUUAAUGAAAUCUUAGACUCACCCAAGAAGGCAAAGUCGCGUUUAAUAACGACUACUGAGCAAGUGAAAUUUCUCUGUUUUCUGUUGAGUGGCUGCAAGGUGAAGAAAUACGAAACUCAGUCUCUUGAUUUGGAUACGUGUUCUCAGGACGAAGGAGCCGUGAUCUCGCAGAUCUCAGACAUUUCUAAUAGGGACGGCCACGCUACCGAUGAGGAGAAACUGGCGUCCACAUCCUGCGGUCAGAAACCAGCGGGGGCAGAGGUGAAAGGCGUAGAGAAGGAGACAUGGCAGAAGACGGAGAAAGAAGACUCAGCUGGGCUUGGACCGCUGGAGUCCUCUUCAGAAAAGGCCCCCGUGUCUGUGGCCUGUGGAGGUGAGAGCCCCCUGGAUGGGAUCUGCCUCAGCGAAGCGGACAAGACUGCUGUGCUCACUUUGAUCAGAGAGGAGAUAAUCACUAAAGAGAUUGAAGCAAAUGAAUGGAAGAAGAAAUACGAAGAGACCCGAGAGGAAGUCUUGGAGAUGAGGAAAAUUGUGGCUGAAUAUGAAAAGACCAUUGCCCAAAUGAUUGAAGACGAGCAGAGGACCAGCAUGACCUCCCAGAAGAGUUUCCAGCAGCUGACGAUGGAGAAAGAGCAGGCCCUGGCUGACCUCAACUCUGUGGAAAGGUCCCUUUCUGAUCUCUUCAGGAGAUGAAACCUGAAAGGCGUGCUAGAAGGGUUCAAGAAGAAUGAAGAAGCCUUGAAAAAAUGUGCUCAGGAUUACUUAGCUAGAGUCAAGCAAGAAGAGCAGCGAUACCAGGCCCUGAAGAUUCAUGCUGAGGAAAAGCUGGACAAGUAAGAGCUUAGUAAUGAAGAGAUUGCUCAGGUUCGCUCAAAGGCGAAGGCUGAGAGCGCUGCUCUCCACGCUGGACUCCGGAAAGAGCAGAUGAAGGUGGAGUCUCUAGAAAGGGCCCUUCAGCAGAAGAAUCAGGAAAUUGAAGAACUGACAAAAAUCUGUGACGAGCUGAUCGCAAAGCUGGGAAAGACUGACUGAGGUUCCUCCUGUGAGCUGUGCAGGUCUGAGUCUGGCUGCUUGUGUCCUGACCACAGAUAUCUUGCCUUAUCCAGAAAUAAUCC